AUGCCAUACAAAGUAGAUGUCGAUGAGGCGGACAUCGCUGUCCUCAAUCAAAACUUAAUCAAAUCCAAAGAAUUAUUUUCCACAAUUGGUAAGUCACUUACCAAAAUUGCCGAUAAAUCAAUGCGAGCUUCAAGUACAAUUAAACCUGUUUUAGCUGAUGUCAAUAAAUUAACCAAAAACAAAGCAGAAGUAGAAAAGGGGUUAAGUCUACUUCAGGAAGUUAGUGAGACUGCUGCUACUAUUAAUGAAUAUGAAAAUAUCUUAAAUAAUCCGGUUGAUGUUGUUGGAAUUGCAAAAUAUGUUAAUACUUUGGCACAACUGAAAGUUUUAUAUAAAGAAAUUAAAAGUAAAUUUAAACGAUUCAAAGGAAUUUUAAUUAAUUUUGAGACAUUGAUUGAUAAAUCAGAUUUAAAAGCUCAAGGAUAUUUCCAAAAAUUAAUUAGUUUGGAUUCAAAUGUUUUGUUACAGAAUAAAGCUAAUCAAAUUACUGAAUUGAAGUUUAUUUUCAAGCAUUUUCAAGAAACUGGAACUGAUGGUGAUGAUUAUAUUAAUAAAUUAUAUAUAAAGGCAAGAGGUAAUCUAUUAUUGCAAACCAUGAAAUCUUUAGAACCAGAUGUACAACCCAAAAACCGUAAUCAAAAUAUUCCAUAUGAAAAAGGUUCAAAUGGAAUAAUUAAAUUCAAUCAUGUAUUAAUGGCAAAGAUUGAUGAUGAAAUUAAGAUAUUGAACCAGACGCAAUUACCUUUGUCAAUGAUUGAACCAAUUGUAUAUGAAACUUUAGUGGAUUUAUAUUGUGGGAAAAUCAUUGGAGGAAUAUCCCGUUAUUUCGAUUCGCCACAAGCUAUGAUUGAUAAUAUUAUCUUAUUAUUAGAAAUUGUCGAUAAUUUAUUAAAAUUCCAAUCAUAUAUAGAAACUAUCGAACUCGAAAGUAAAGAAUAUAAUGCAUCAGUUCGAAAUUUCAUUACCAAAAGUUCAGCAAUAUUCCGUGAAUUCAUUAGAUUCAUCGAAAACAAAUUCCAAUCAUUUGAAAAAUAUACCGAUAUUGGAGUACCCGAAAUCAUUGUUGAUUUAAUGAGUAAAGUUCGUAAAAUCAGUGAAUUCCAAAGUUGUCUCCUGAUUCUUAUAUCUAGUUAUAAUCUUGGUGAUUGGUUAAUCAUCAGUCCACCAGCUAAAUUCAUCAAUGUUUAUACUUCAGUCAUACCCAAUUCAGGUAAUCCUGCGGAUCAAAAAAAUCCGGAAUUCUUACUUUCAUCAUUUUAUUCCGAUGUAAUUGAUUCAAUUAUGAUCAAUAUUGAAAUCGGACUCAAAACCUAUCCUGACCCACCGCUUAAGAAAUCAACCCAGGGUUUUAUCUUAAUCAAAAAUAUAACCAUGGUAGAAUCAAUUGUAACUCGUUCAAAAGAGUUAUUUUCAAGUAUGGGUCAUUUAGGAGUUGAAAGAUUGAAUAAAUUAAAAAAUCGAUUCUUGAAACAUUUCCUUGAAGAUUGGAAUCAUGCCUCAUUUAUAAUCAUUAGUGAUAUGACAACAAUCGCUACCCAAAAUGCCGCCUCUCAUCAUCAUAGUCAAGGGGGUGGUGGGUCCAGUGUAGGUACUGGUGGGACUGUGGGUAAUUUAUCAUCAAAAGAAAGAGAACAAGUUAAGGAAUUAUUCAAGAGAUUUAAUGAAUCAUUUGAAGAAGCUUUAAGGAAUUAUGAAAAUUAUUCAAUAUCAGAUCAAAAUUUAAGAAAUUAUCUUUCGAAUGAAAUUAAAAAAUUGAUUAUUAAUGCUUAUUAUAAAUUAUAUGAUAAAUAUGCUAAUAGUGAUUUCACAAAGAAUAAAUCAAAAUACGUUAAAUAUGAUAAGAAUCAAUUUGAAAAAUUGUUGAAUGAAAAGUUAUAG